AUGGCUUCCACAUCUGCAACUUCAUCUUCAACCUCUAGUUCAACCCUUGCUGUAACUAAUACAGCUUUACCUGUCAACACUUCGUUGCUUUUAUUAUCAAAUAUGUCUUCAAUGAUGACUGUUAAACUCGAUUAUAGCAACUACACUAUUUGGAAGCAUCAGAUUGAGGUAAUUCUUGAAACCUACUCUAUGAUUGACAUUCUUGAUGAUUCAAUUACUAUUCCAGAUCGUUUUUUGAAGGAUUCUUCUGGUAAUCUCACUACUAAGAUUAACCCUAAUUCCAUUUCUUGGAAGAAUCGUGAACAAGCAAUGUUCACUUUUAUCAAUUCCACUUUAUCACCUGCAAUUCUUGCUCUCAUUGUUGGGCAAAGAUCUGCCAAGGGAGUAUGGAAGGUGUUAGAAAAGAGGUUUGCCUCAGUGUCAAGGUCUCAUGUUAUGAGUCUUCGUAAUGAACUGAGUGCAGUGAAGAAAGGAACUGAUUCAAUUGAUGGAUAUUUCCAAAAGAUCAAACAGAUUCAUGAUAGAUUCAUGAUAGAACUCGUAGUGAUGUAUUGUCUAUUGAGGAAUUAA